AUGGCGGCCUUUCUUCCUGAUUCCGCUGUGCGCGCGUAUAAGCAGCAGGAACGCGUCAGACACUACACGCAGAUUGAUCUGAUAAGCAGUAGCGGCGGUGCAGUCGGGCCGGAGAGCGUGGCCUUCGACUGCGCCGGAGAAGGCCCUUACACCGGCGUCUCCGACGGCAGAAUUCUCAAGUGGGAACCCUCCCGUGCAGCUUGGGCCGACUUCGCCUUUACCUCUCCCAAUAGAAAAAUUAAGGAAUGCGACCCGGCGAUGGAGCAAACUUGCGGGAGGCCCCUGGGCCUGAAGUUCGACUCGGCGACGUGCGAUCUGUACAUAGCGGACGCGUACUGGGGGCUGAUGGUGGUGGGGCGGGGCGGCGGCGUCGCACGGCGGCUCUCCGGCGAGGCAGAAGGUGUGCCGUUUCGCUUCACGAAUGCACUGGACGUUGAUGAGAAGACGGGAGAAGUGUAUUUCACCGACACGAGCACUCGUUUCCAAAGAUGGGAGUUCCAGCAGGCAAUGAUUAGCGGGGACAAAACAGGAAGGCUAAUGAAAUACGAUCGAAGGACAAAUAAGGUCACAGUGCUGCUGAGAGGGCUGUCGUUCGCAAACGGAGUGGCCCUUAGCAAGGACAGUGCCUUUGUUUUAGUGGCUGAGACGAGUGCAAUGAGGGUGGUGAGGUACUGGCUCAGAGGCCCCAUGUCCCAAACCUCUGAACUGUUCCUGCAGCUGGAAGGGCACCCCGACAACGUGAAGAGGAACGCAGAGGGUGAGUUUUGGGUGGCACAGAACGUGCCGUAUUUUGUGGGGCAAACGGCUGUAGGGGUACCCCUCAGGGUGAGUCAUGAAGGGCAGGUCUUGGAGGUGCUGAGCGAAAAUAUUGACAGCAGGUUAGAGGCUGUGAGCGAAGUGGAAGAGAGAUGGGACAGCUUGUGGGUCGGCUCCGUGGUUCUGCCCUAUGUUGGUGUGUUGGCUUAAAUAUUUGUUGGUCUUUUUUCAACCUACGUUGGAUGAUUAGUGUUUUUAAUUAUUUUUUUUGUUAGCUUAAUUGAAUUAUGUGGGAGUACGAAUUUUUAAGUAUUUGAUUU